AGUUCUUACAUACAUUCGGUAGGGACUAUCUUCGCAGAUAUCCGGUAAGAGUUAGUGCUCUCGUCGUGGGCUUUCCGCUACCUUCAAAUUCACCGACUCCACUGCCUCAUUCAUUGGGCGCCGAUCGGAAUCCACAAUAUUCCGGUUUGAAACCACUGCCGCUAGAAUGGCUGAUGCCAUUAGAAUUAACGGAGCACGCAUCGGGUUGCCUGAUUUUGAUCUCCGCUACAAGGUAAGCCAAAUCUUGGCAUCCCUUGUCAAGUUUGCCGCGGAUUCCGCAGUCGACGGCUCUCGUAUGCUCAUCCCCGGUAAGAAGUAUGCAAGCAAGACAGUGCAACGAGUAAUAGAUAUACCCUUGUCAACACCAUCAAAGGCCAAGAAAAUACCUGAUGUUAAAGUUGCAAACCACAUUCCGUUUCAAGUGAAGAUGCAGGAAGUGGAGGAACAUGUGAAUAAUCUUAAGCAGGGGUACGAAACAUCACCCAACCGUGUGGAUGGAUCACAGCCUCCAAAGAUAUCAUCAGAUGAUGACCUCAGGAAAAUAGAUAUUAUGAAGAAGAAUGGAAGAAGAGUAUUUAUUAGGUCACGGCUGUAAAUUAGAUUUUCAAUAUGAGAAUUCAGUGGUUUAAUGUGGAAGGUUAAUGCAAACAAAAUCUGUGUAGUAUGUUUCUUCUUCCCCCCCUCAACAGUAUAAUGGGAAAGACAUAACAACUGAUCUGCCCGUGUUGAAAGUUGAUCCCUGUCUCGAACACUCUGGCAACUUAAGAGGGAAAUAUGUGAGGUUCUUAGAUACAAUUUGGUCUUGCAUGUAUAGUAAUGGUCAUAACUUAUAUUUCAGCUUUAA